AUGUCUUCCCAAUUCGACACUUUGUUCGUUGCUGUCUCUGCUGCCGUUGGGCUCGCUUUCGUCAUCGUCAAUCCGUUCCUUACCGCGCUUGGCGUCGGGACAGUCAUGGCUCACAUACAAGGUACCAAGUCUCAUUCCAAUGCAGCGAAGCUUGGAGAAGAAGACCUUAACUCGUCUCAAUUGUGCUUCGCUUCCGAGGUCGACAACCUGAAGGCCCAGAUCGAGGUCGCCGAGCACGCCACCAGCGUCGUAGCGACUGAGCUUCGCGAGCUCAAGGCGCACAAUACCGCCCUGGAGGACGAGAUAACGAUGUUACGCUUAGCAAUCAGUUUUCAGGCCGAUGGGUUCCGAGUCGCACUCACUGAAGCCAACGGCCAGGCCGAUGUCCAGGCCGAGCGUGCUGAGUUGUCCGAACAGGCUUUCCGGGCCCUGCUUUCCGUCAACGAGCAAUUCGGUGAACGGGUGGAAGAGCUCGAGAGGAAGCGACCCGAGCCGAAGGGCGGAAUAUCAAAAACUUUCAGCAUUCGCGGCGAUCAUGCUGCCUCCUCUGUCGGAUCGCUAAUCCCACCUUGUUCCACCUCCGAUAUCUGCUCUGCACAUGUCUCCCCUCCCAUCGCCACCUCCUUGUCUUUGCCCAUCUUCCCCUCUCUUCCUGUUUCCGUCUCGACGUUCACUUCCACUAUAGUGUCCCCUUCUACUUCGAUGCUCGCACAUCCUUUAAUACCUACUUCAGUUUCAUUUUCUUCCACCUUAAUACCUGUUGCAUCUUCCGUUCAUUCUUCAACUUUCUCUGCGCCUUUAGUAUCCAGCAUCCACCGUACUUCACCCUUCCCCCACGGCGACGUCGACUCAAAGUUUCUCCUCUCGCACAUCUACUACCUGGACGAGCUCAAGACCACUCUCGAGUCGAAGGUACAGAAGCUAGAGCACACCAGCCGACACCUCGAGGACGCUCUCGAGGAUCAGCUCUCAAGCGCUACGCAGCUCUCGGAGACGGUCUUUGCCAUGGGCCAAGAGACAGCUGACAAGGAUGAGGAUAUCAAGAUCCUCAAGCGCGUCAUCUUCAGGCAGCUCGGUGAAGAGGAGCUGGAGGAUGUAGAAGAGUACAUCGCAGAUAAGAAAGGUCUUCAAGCGCGCGUUGGCACUCCGCAUGUCGUUCUUACCCGGCCCGAGGGUGGUAUCGUUUGCGGAAUCGACAAUGUCAGCCAACUAACUGCGAAAUGCGACUCUUUCUGCUGCCCAAUUUCUACGUCGACAUCCUAUGGAUCGACCGAGUCUGAUUACCUUGCUGCGGACGACGUCUCGAUUGCCCUCGAAGAAGAAUUGUCCGCUAUCUACGAGCGGGUCCUGGGCUCUUGGGGCGAUGCACCUUCCCAACGCGCCUUCUCUCCUGAGUCGGCUGAGUCCCCCUUCGAUAAACACGACCUGGCUGGCGCGAGGGAGGUGGCAAUCAAAGAGGAUCGGCUCGAAUGUGCGAUGGUCAGGGAUAUCACAGAUAUGCUGGAGUCGCUGUCCUUGUCAUCCAAUGACAACGACGAUGAAAUGGAGUCUUCAGACGAGGUAUCAUCCAGCCCAUCUCCUGUGUCAAGCGCCACGCCCUCGACCACGCCUAUUUCAACGCUGGUUUCUCGACCAACAUCGCCGAUCACUCCGACGGCGACUUGUCCAGCUGACAACGAGUUAUACCUUGCGAGCGCAAACGAGCCAAGGCUACCCAACUCGCUAUCUUCUUGCCUCUCUCUCGUCUCUAUUGCUUCGUCGACAAGUGUGUUCGGUCAGCUCAUCGAGCUUCAGACAUCGGUGGUCGACGACGUCGAGUGGCUCGCUCGGAUGGUUUCGGCAUUCUAG